AUGAAAUAGAGAUUUUAGGGAAAAGUUUGUCUUGUCACAGCCUCCUCAACUGGUAUCGGUUUGGCAAUCAGUGAAUAAUUUGCCAAGGAAGGAGCUACAGUUAUUAUCAGCUCUAGAGACAAAAAGCACAUUGAUGCUGCAGUUGAGAAAAUUAGAAAUUCCGGAGGAAAAGCCGAAGGAUAUGCAUGUCAUGCUGGGAAGAUUGAGGAUCUUUAAAAGAUGAUUCAAUUCAUCAAGGAAAAGUAUGGUCGACUAGACAUUCUUGUACCUAAUGCAGCUGUGUCAACCCAUUUUGGAUUCGCAUUAGACAUGACUCCAUAAUAAUAUGAUAAACUCUUUGAAGUCAAUCUAAGAGGAGUAUAUUUCCUAAUUCAAGCUGCUUAUCCCUUACUCAAAGAGAGUAAAGAUUCCAAUAUUGUUAUCAUUUCAUCCAUCGGAGGAUAUGAAUCAGAAAUGGGUCUGGGAAUGUACAGCGUUACCAAGACAGCCUUAUUGGGGAUGACUAAGGUUCUAAGCAGGGACUUGGCUCCAAUUAGAGUGAAUUGUUGUGCUCCUGGUUUAAUUAAAACUAAAUUUAGCUCAGUUUUAUGGGAAGGGAAAGAACAAGCAGCUACUGAGUUUAUGAAGGUGGAAAGAUUGGGAUUACCAGAAGACAUUGGAAAUGCAGUAGCAUUUUUAGCUUCAUCAGAGGCUAGUUAUGUGACUGGGGAAACAUUAAUAGUGGCUGGAAGAGCAUCUCCUAGAUUGUGA